GCAGUUGGGAAAUGUCCUUUCGACCACUUUCCCUUCCUCGUCUGGUGCUUUCCCAUAUCUUUAUCUUUUUGCUGCUGCGAUUUUCGCCCGGGGACUGGAUAAAUUCAUCGUUGUUAUCCAUCCAUUGCCAUCAGUGUGUCACCAGUGGACGGAGACUUUUACUUUUCCCCGCAAGCGUUCGAGGGGGGGUGUUACAUACCUAUAUAUUUUCUUGUAUACAUAUAUCUCGGCAUGGAUCAUUCUAUUUGAAGUUUGCGAUAUAAACUACAUUGAAUUCUUCAAGAUGUCGAUGUCGAUGUCGAUGUCGAUGUCGAUAUCGAUAUUUUCGCGGUCCCUAUGGCUGUUGAUAUUUCUGGGACUGAGCUCCAUGAAUGUGGUACAAGUACGAGGGCACUUUGGAGCUGUGAGAAUGGAAAAUGAGGGGAAUUUAUUGAGUCCGCGAUAUUAUAUGGGGUUGACUGAGGGGAGAUUGUUGGAGAGGGAUACUGGGGUUUGUGCAAGUGGUUUCCAUUCUUGUCUCGAUAUAAAUGUAGCAACGUGUUGUUCAAACACCGAAUACUGCAUCAUAUCCCCCUCCAUCGGACCCUCCUGCUGCGCUAUAGGCAGUAAUUGCGACUCGCCCUGUUCCUCCGCUUCCUAUCUCAGUAACAAAACCAUCACUAUCUCCUCCACCACAACCGUAACAACAACAUGUCUCCCCCGCGCCUGUCCCUCCAUCUCUAACUACCAAUGUGCUAGUUCUCUCGGCGGAGGCUGCUGCAACUACAACGCGCAAUGCAUUUCCUCAGCUGGAUCCAGCGGCUGCGCAGUCACAAUCUCCUCUUCCUCAACCCCCGCUCUCGUCUCCAUCAUCCCAUCCGGAUGUACAACCAACCAAUUCGCCUGCGCCAGCUCCAUGGGCGGCGGAUGCUGCGAUAAUGGAUUCGGUUGUACGGUUCUCAGCGGUACAAAUUACUGCGCUGCGACCACCGGCACCGGAUCCGCUAUCCGUACAGGCAGCAAUGGCAUUCUCGCAACCGGAUCCUCAGAUGCAAAUUCCACAUCUAAUAAUCGCGGUCUCUCCACAGGCGCCAAAGCCGGAAUCGGCGUUGCAGUGGCGCUUCUCGUGUUGGCCUGUGUAGGAGCUUGCAUAUAUUUCUUCACGAUCCAUCGUCGACGGGCUCUCCACUCUAACUCUUCCUCACAUCGCGAUGCGGAUAAUCCUCCUGCUGCAAUGUCUCAGCUUUCCGGCUCUCGACUAUCCCACAAAUCGGAAUCGAAAGCCGGAUCGAAAAUUUCGAGACCGGGUGUAUCGCCGCGUGGGAGACAGGGGUCGGAUUAUUUUGGGAUGACUACGGCGCCCAGUGGACCGUUUACGGAGAGUGCGGGGACGAGUCCCGGGUUGGCGAGUCGUGGGGGAGUGCCGGCUACACCGCAGAGUCCGAGUGAUAUUGCGGCGCCGGUGGAGAUUGGGGGGGAGGGGAUGGAGACGAGGAGAGAGGAGGGGAAUGCGAGUGUGGCGACCACGCCGGGUGGGGGGUGGGAGUAUGUUAAAAGGGAGAAGUUUAGGGAGAGGAUUGCGGAGUUGGAGUAAGAAUUGAAGUGGAGAUGAGGAAAUUCCCCUCGUUGGGAGUUUGAUGGGAAAAUUGGAAACAGUAUCUCGAUAUCACUUCCUCGCGUGUGGAAAAAAAUCUCCCCGGGUAUUCAGUAUAUAUUGGGCAAUGCAUAUACAUACAUGUAAGGAGGAUAAGAGUAGUUACUCGGACAUUUUUCUUGCUAAAAUACUAGAACUUGCGA